UGUCUGUGUAUCGAAAGGAACGAUGAGGAUAAUUGUUGUUAAAACAAAAGGCGGCAUGAAAUGAGUCGCUCGUUAAUUUGUGCAAAACCCAUCUUCUUCACUACCAAAAUCACCACACAUCUCCGCCGCAGCAUGUCGAGCAUCACCACCGCCGAGCCACGCAGUCCAUCCAACACCCGUCUGGGCUGGAUCGGUACAGGCGUUAUGGGCCUUUCCAUGUGCUCUCACUUGCUCAAAGCCGGCUACACUCUCACUGUCUUCACUCGCACCCAAUCCAAAGCCCAACCCCUCCUCGAUUUGGGCGCCAAGUGGGCCGCCUCCCCCUCUUCCGUCGCUUCUCAAUCCGACGUCGUUUUCUCCAUCGUCGGCUACCCUUCCGACGUCCGCCACGUCACCCUUCACCCAAAUUCCGGCGCUCUUUCCGGCUUAAAUCCCGGGGGAAUCCUCGUCGAUAUGACAACCUCCGACCCCUCUCUGGCCGUGGAGAUCGCCGAUGCUGCCGCCGCGAAAGGGUGCUUCUCCGUCGACGCUCCGGUGUCCGGCGGCGACCGUGGGGCCCGCAAUGGGAGUUUGUCGAUAUUUGCAGGGGGCGAUAAGAAGGUGAUAGAUACAUUAUCUCCUCUAUUCAAUCUUCUUGGUAAAGUUAAUUAUAUGGGUGUUUCUGGAAAAGGCCAGUUUGCGAAAUUAGGUAAUCAAAUUACAAUUGCGUCUACUAUGGUUGGAUUGAUUGAAGGAAUGAUGUUUGCCCAUAAGGCUGGUCUGGACUUAUCUUUGUUUAUAAAUGCCAUUUCCACUGGUGCUGCUGGUUCGAAAUCGCUUGAAUUAUAUGGCUAUAGGAUUUUAAAGAGGGAUUUCGAGGCCGGGUUUUUUGUCAAUCAUUUUGUUAAAGAUUUGGGGAUUUGCUUAAGGGAGUGUCAGAACAUGGGUAUUGCAUUGCCGGGGUUAGCUUUGGCACAGCAGCUUUAUGUUUCACUUCAAGCUCAUGGGGAAGGUGAUUUGGGUACUCAAGCUUUGGUUUUGGCCUUAGAGAGGCUUAACAAUGUGUCGCUUCAGUCUGUGGCUUCUUCAACUGAAAUGGCUUAGAUGGAUGCCUAGAUCGGAAAAUUGUGUUGUGCCUGUAACACCGACAUGGCUCGAGGCAAGGCCAAAUAUGUUGUCAGGUAAUCAAACUUAAUUUAGAUAAAUAUUUCACAUUUUACAGCUUGAUACCUAAAUAUGAAUCUCAAAUCAUAUGUUAUGUUCUAUAAAGGUUUAUGUUUCA